CUGGUGCUUCCUCUACUCUUUUUGCCUUUUUUUUUUUCCCUCUCUGCAUGCGGAGAGAUGAUGAUCCAGAAAGCAGCAGACACUGCGGUGGGCUGAGCUGGUCUAUGCGGUCUUACAGUCCACUUACUGUCUGUCGCGUGGGCAUCAUCGACCACAUAUGAUACCAUAUACCAUACCGUAUACUGCGGAUUACAGCUUACUAUACAAGCAGGGAAACAGCAUGGAACCUAACCGGGAGGCUAUACGAACACUCUCCCCUGGGACGAGUUUGCAGAUUCAAUGGGUCGGGGCCUGGACCGACGUCCUUCCCUGUCCAUUGGAACUUGAACAUGACGAAACCUUGUGUUGAAUGAACACCCGAUAUGAAUUGAGUGUAGAUGAUGAUGCUGAUGCUGAUGCUAAUGUUGCUGCUGCUGCUGCUGCUUAUGAUGAUGAAACAGAUCAUUCCAACUGGCUUAACCGAGGAUAGUAUACCAGGACCCAACCGGGAUCAGAGUGGAAAUAUGACGGGAGGUUUCGCCACCGAACUUAUUUGGGAAUUUCUUGCAGUCCCUCCUCAAUCGGCGGCGGUCUUGGCCGAGGGCGGCAGUUUUGCCACGGACCCAAUCAAGGGCCAGACAGGCAAUUCACCUUUGCAAUCACUGCAGACGAAAAUGAUUGUCAGGAAACUGGGAAAUACAAUUGAUGUCUAUGUGUGUAUGGUUGUGAAGAGCUUCCCACGAUCUAUCGACUUUGACAAGUGAAGCACACGCAGCAAGGAAAAAGUCUAUCCUCCUCCCAUCACCAACAGCAGCACCAGCAUCCAUUCCUCCGCCGUUCGCCAGGAAACGCAACCAGUGGGUUUUGAAUGGGUUCUGGUGGAUGAUCGUCGGGCCCGAGUUUAUUUUAUGCCAUUUGAUUUUUCACCUUAUCUCUCGCCCGACUCGGCGGCCUCCCAUUUGGGUCUUUUUCUUUUUUUUCUCACUUAUCUUUAUUUGAUUUGAUUUGAUUAUUUUCUGGCGCCUCCCUCGCGUGGUGGAAAGAGGAUAAAUUAUUUUCUCAUUAUUCUUUUUUCUUUUUCCUUUUUUUUUUUUUUCCUGAC